GUCUUUCAUCCCGGGGUUUCCAUAUACUAUUGUUUUCGCAUAAAAACUUAACACAUAAUUGACUAAUAAUCAUAGAAAACUUCAAGGGUUCCCGUAACUCUAGAAAUCCCACAAAACUACCAAGAAGUGUCGCAGCUAGUGCACAUCCUCAUAUAAAGAUGAAUCCCAGUACGCCUACAUUUAUCUCACCCGUGAAAUCCGAGAGUGAUCAGGCUACUUGUAGAACUCCUGAGACUCCAACACAAGCUCGAUCAAUUGGCAAGAGUAAUAGAAAAGGCAAGAACAUGAGCAGGAAAACUUCCUUCUCAAAGAUUCCAAGUAGUCCUGGAUCGACCCGAUCUCACUUAUCGAAUCUUCUUCCUACGAGUCCUAUUGCCUUUUCUCUUGCUGGUAGAACGUGUUUACGCUAUAGAGAUACUCCUAGUGUUACUUCGUCGGAUUCAGAUUCAACAAUCAGGGAAACAAUCGCAAAGGCAAUGGCCACAGAUCAAUUUGCCAUGCCCAAAAUGGGUCUUCCGCUCUCUCCACAAAAUAAUGCUGGAUCAAUUGUAUCAAGCAUGAGCAGUUUUCUAGCCAACAAAGGAAAAAGUCUACCCACCACCGGUACUUCGCUGCCUGAGCCUACUGUCAUUAGAGGUGUGAUUCCUCAGAUGGAAUCGCCCCAACCUUUCUCUGAACCGAUGGCUUCUCCUGCUGUCUCAUAUACAGUACUCGCUCCUAACACAUCGUAUAUAUCCUCCACGAAUACACCAACAAAAAUCUCCGCAGCACCAUCAAAACCUAGUGCUUCUCGAAAACCCGCAGGAUCAUUUCUUUCCCGCCUUAUACACAAGCAAACUGAAUCCACGCCACUCCUAAAGCGACAGCGUUCCUCUACUGAUUCUUCUCGUCAUGUUGUUUCAUCCAGCGCUCCAAGUGAAUUCUAUGAGUAUCAUACCAUUAACGGCACUGUUGACCUUCCAUUUGCUUCCAAAAAAUGUUCAUCUGGAGACAGCUCGGGCUACAAUUCUGGUAUUUCCAGUUCCAGCUCGGCUCCCUCGUCUCGCACGUCUCUUAGAAACAUCUACGGAGGCUUUUUACGAAAUAUGAAGCCCAGGCUUCUGAGUGCGUACAUUUUAUUUGGAGGCUCUAUCAUUUGGCUUAUAUGGAUGACUUCAAACAAAAUUCUUAUAGGCAGGAAAGGAAAUCCAGGCCAUAGUCGAGGUGGAAUCGGUGGACAUGUUCCUCCAUAUGAAUUGAGCAUUCCUGUGUUGACUCCAUCUUUCGCUACGCCUGCUGUCGAGGAGCUCGUACCUGUUGACGAGCCAAAUAUUUUUACUGGGGAUGAUAACAAUCGCCAGAUCACACACACUUCCCAUAAGUCACGUCCAAAUCCACCCCCAGAGUCCGAACCAGAAGAGGGCCUUUGGGAUAUCUUGAGUCUCAUAUCUGUGCCUUUGAGGUGGGUCUUCGGUAUAUGUCUCGGCUUACUUUUUAUCUUUGUGCUGAUCAAUUAUUUGACUCUGAUCUUUCCUCUUGGUGUCAGGGUAGGUGAUGGAGGUUGGAGGGAGAAAUUGUGAGAGGGGAAAUCUUGUUCGGGGUACCGGGGUGAAAAUUUUGGAUCGGAGCUUGUGACAUGAAGUUUAAGACUCUAAGAGUAUAGGAUGGGAAGCCUCGAUAGGAGGGAGAGAACGCCAAAACGGACUGUGUGCUAUAGGAUGUUACAUGAAGUUACAUCUAAUAAGGUAGAAGAUGCUUAGACACUGGAGUUGCUCUUGUCUUAUGGCGAGGCAAGAACGAACAGAAUCAAAAAUUA